AUGACAGAUAAUAAUAAUCGACCAUUGUCAUCGUCACGGAAUGGAGAAGGGGAACUGAACAAUUCUACAACUCGUUCAUUUAGAGGAAUGAAUGGUAAUGGUAAUCACCAACAGCGACAAGGUGAACAUGAUAAUCCAAAUAUGUUUAUUCGAUUCUUCAGGUCUGUUUUUGGAUAUAGAAAGACUUCCUUAACAUUGUUUGUAUUUUUAACUAUAUUUGCUACUGGUUUAUUAUCCUUUAUUGAUAACAAUCUUGAAUUUACAAUUGACUUACCAUCUGAUAAUAUUGAAAAGGAGAUUUUAGAUAUGUCUUGGUUAGACUUACAGAAAAUCGCAAGCCAUCAACAUACUUAUGGAUCUCAUGCGAAUGACAAGGUGCAUGACUAUUUAGAGAAAAGAAUCCUGUUGUUGACUAGAAGAAAGCCAUAUGGUGAAUAUGAUAAUGAUUUAGAUACUGAAAACAGAAUCUUGUUUAAUACAGGUACAGUCAAUUCUACCACAGUAGCAUAUUAUGAAAGUAAUAAUGUCCUUGCCAGAAUUAAUGGAACUGAUCCAGCACUUCCAGCUCUUCUUUUAAGUGCACAUUAUGACUCUGUACCUUCUAGUUUUGGUGUUACCGAUGACGGAAUGGGAAUUGCCAGUUUAUUAGGAGUAUUAACAUAUUUUACAGAAAAGUCUACCCCUCAACCAAAAAGAACAAUAAUAUUCAAUUUCAAUAAUAAUGAAGAGUUUGGUCUUUAUGGUGCAAGUGCUUUCUUAUCACAUCCAUGGUCUGAGCAAGUGAAAUUCUUUUUGAAUUUAGAAGGUACUGGGGCCGGAGGAAAGGCAAUUUUAUUUAGAGGAACUGACUAUGGAGUUACCAAAUUUUUCAGAAAUGUGAGAUAUCCUUAUGCAACUUCAAUGUUUCAGCAAGGUUUCAAUAAUCGUUUAAUUCAUAGUGAAACUGAUUAUAAGAUUUACACACAAGUAGGUGGAUUACGUGGAUUGGAUUUAGCAUUUUUCAGGCCAAGAGAUAUUUAUCAUACCGCUUCAGAUAAUAUAAGAAAUGUCAAUAUUAAAUCGUUGUGGCAUAUGUUAUCAAAUUCACUCGACUUCACCAAUUCAUUUGUUAAUGAAGAAACUGAUUUAGAUUUUGACAAUGAUGAAACCAAUACUGUGAACAAUGAUUUUGCUGCCUACAUGACUUUCUUAAAUUUCUUUUUUGUCAUGCCAAUCUCGAGCCUCAUUCUCAUCAAUCUGAUUCUACUCAUUUUGGUACCUCUUCUAAGUGUUCCAUUACUUGUCAUUAUUUUGAAGUACAGGCAAAACUGGCAAUUGACAGCAGUCAAUGUACUCAAAUUUCCAAUAGCAGUUACAAUAUCAACCAUUGUUUUGAACAUGAUCGUGACAAAAGGUUUCCAAACUAUGAAUCAAUAUUUACCUAGUUCCAACCCAAUGCUUUUAGUCGCUACAACCACGUCUAUAUUGAUGAUUAUCUAUUAUCUUUGUUUUAAUGCUAUUAAUUUAGUUUUUAUAAACUAUAAAGUUUUGAACCAUGAUGAAAAAUUGAUUGUUAUUGUGGAAACUUCUUUCCUUUAUUGGUUGGCCCUUAUCUACAUCACGAGCAAUUUUACCCAAAAUGAACUUGGCAAUGAUCAUACUGGUGAAUUUCCAGUUGCAAUUUUGUUUACUGUUCAAGCAGCUGGUGCUCUCCUUGGGUUACUUGGUUGGUCAUUCGCACAGGGCCAAAAGAUUGUUGAUCACGAAGAAGAAGAAGCAUCUCCGUUGUUGGGAGAUGAUGCCCAUCAAUAUGGCGCAGGUGCCAACCAAGAAGAAGACGGAUUACUCUCUCCACAAUCAACAACCAGCUAUUUAGAAGACAAUGAAGGAAAUUUACAACAUUUAGCUAAGCAUUUCGGUUAUGACUGGUCCUUACAAUAUUUAGUUAUCGUGCCGCUUUCGUCUCUAAUUGUUUACAACUCCGGGUGGUUGAUUAUUAACGGUCUCAACAAAUCCAUUCAAGAAUCGCUUGCUUCUGAAGAAUUAAUUUAUGGUUUAAUUCAGUUGUUUGCUCAAGUAUGGGUCUUACCAUUUUUGCCCUUUAUCUUCAAGUUUAAUCGAGUGAUAGUUAUGAGUCUUACAUUAUUUGCUGCAAUGGGUGUGACGUUCAUUUCCUUCCUUGAACCAUUUAAUGCGGCGAAUCCCCUCAAAUUAAGGGUUAUUCAACAAGUUGAUUUGGUCAAAUCUUCUACAGACAGUUACGUUCGUGUAUUUGGAAGAGAAGGGGUUUCCCGAGGUAUACUUGAAGACUUACCAUCAGUUAAGGUUAGCGGGGAAAAUGUUACUUGUGAUUCGUUAGCUGAUGGAAAUGAAGUUUGUUCCUACAGGAGUGUGCUUCCACCUAACAUCAUCCCAGAGGUAAAAGAUUUCAAUGACUACCUUCAAAUCCAAAUUGUUAAGAAUUCCACUGAAAAUCACAACUUACCUUAUGGCCUUCUUCAAGGAGAAAUAAGAAUUAAAGCACCUGAAAAUAGAAUGUGCAAUUUGAACUUUGACAAGACCAACAAAAUUGUCGGAAAACACAACUAUAGGGAUUCACCAGUGAAAACUGUAAUUGUAUAUGCGGAAAAAAACAACGAUACGAAAAGUAUGAACUUGAAUGCAGAAGUUAAUAAUAUCCCAAACGGAUUUUCUCGAGAUGAUGAUGGAAAUUAUUUGUUUAAAGAUGUCUCGGGGAUUGAUAGUUUGUACCUCAAUAAACUCGAUUGGGAAAAUGAGUUACAUAUUGGUUUCCAAUGGUUGCCAAAUGUCAUUGACUCUAGCAGUGGUGAUAUCAAUACUUUGGGUGUUCAUAUUGAAUGCUUCUGGGCCGAUUUGAGUCCCGUCAAAGGCGAUAAUGGUGUAGAUUUGGCCAUACCUGCUUAUGAAGAAUUGCUACACUAUAGUCCAAAUUAUGUAAGUUGGGCUAAUAGAGAUAGGGGCCUACUUUCUGUUUCAACACAUGUCCAAGUGUAA